AUGAAGAGCAGGGCGUCAGGCAGAAUCACAGAAAACGAAGCCGCAUUGUCGAACCUAAGGGGAACCGGCCCGGCCGGUUGGGGAAGCAGUCAAGCGUCCGCGUCUGAGGACAAGAUAUUUUCGAUUGAACAUGAUCUUCUGAGGGACUUGCACCCCUCUCCUCUCAAAGGUGAUCAGGAUGGCGUCCAUUACAACCCGGGCGUGAACUCUACCGAUUUUUACCCAGAUAUAGAUUUCCCCCCUCCCCCUCAUUUAUCUCACUUGGGACAUCAAAAUCUGCGUGUCAACGGUGCCAGUUUUCAAGGUCAAGCAUCAGGCCUCGCAAGUUGUGCUGCGCUGGGGGCGUGGAGUGGAGAUCAACUGGUAUCAAAUUCUAGUCACGCGAUCCUAGCUGCUGCUACAUCCCAAGCAUCUGCUGCUGCUGUUGCCUCUGCUUUCCCUACUCCUGGUUCAUUUUAUGGAUCUCAUGGUAUCCAACAAAACCUCCAAGGGCAGCUGUACGAUUUUGGUGACGACUCUGUGGGUUAUCAACAACCUGGGCUUGUUUACUCCUACCAAAGGGCAGUUUAUCCAUACGAAGAUCAUAGAUUUCAACCGGGCCACAGCUUUACGGAUUUUCUCUACUCAGAUGAGUCCAUACAUGUACUCGAAGCCACUCCUGUGCCCGAAGCCAUUCCUGUGCCCAAAGCCAUUCCUACAGCCAACCCCCGCAAGAAGCAGGAGAGAAAGAAAAAGGAAGAGAGAGAGGUUCUUCCUGUGGUCAAUGUCAGCAAUAAUAACAACAAUCCGGCGCCAGAGACUCCCGAGAUUUUGUUGUGCCAUUGGUCCAACUGCAAUCAUACAAAACCUUUUUCGAAGCGGCACAAUCUUCUUCAGCACAGGAGAAAAGUUCACGGCGAGGUAAUACCCAUUAGAAGAUUCCGGUUCGGGGUUCCACCACCAGACGACCCGACUAGAAUAACGCAGCAGCUUGGGAGGAGGAGGAGGGCACGGGCGGCGGCGGCGGCGGCGGUUAAGGCGGCGGGAGAAGAAUAA